AUGUCAUCUAUUAGACAUAAAUAUAGAUCAAAUAGAGAGAAUGAAAGAUCAGUUUUCAAAGUAUUUUUUUCCCAUUAUAGGAAAUCCAUAAAUAGAGCACUUGCUAGACUUUAUGUUAAAGAUGAAGAAAUUGAAUUGGCUAAAGCUCGCCUGUUACUUUAUCAUAUGUGCCGUCUAUCACUUAAAGAAGGUCUUGAAUUACUUGGUAUUGAAGCACUAACUCGUAUAUGA